AUGCACGAGGACCAGGAAUCGAGUAUCUGGUGUUGGAUUCAUGAUCUCCCAGAGGUUCAACAUGUUCACAAACGGUCCAAUGGAAGAAAGUUCUAUGCCAACAAUAUGUUCAUCCAUGGUCCUAUGGAGCCCCCCACAGCGGAUGACUUUUCACCAGAUACAGUCCACCAAAUAGCGGAGGGAGGCACUUCCGACAUACCCUUGACCUUCAGAAACAUCCAGAAAGCGUUCCCAGAAUCAGUACACGAAAAGGAGGAUGAUUGCUCUACCAGAGGUGAGAUGGCCCAUGACGAGCAGGUACUACUUGAGUCACACUAUGGAUUCUUGGGCCGUAAAAUAAUCCAGGUUCCGGAGAUUGUCCUUUCCUUGCCUCGCCAGAAUCCAGAGAUCGAUGACCCGAACUGCGUUCACGCUUCCUACAAACAACCUAUAGCAACAGAAACAUUAAACCCAAUUGCAGAAAAGGUUACGGACACCGAACCAACACCCUCCAAGCCUCCUAAAGGGAGGGGUCUGUUUGAACACACCCAACCAGUCCAGAACAUCACCAAUCUGCUCCUGUGGUCUGGCGGGAGGAUGAGCAUCGCUGAUGCAAUAUUUGUGUGGAAUAUGCUGAAACAGGCUAGGAGGUUAGAAAGGCAUUGUGGGGAUAUACCAGCGGCGGUAGAGCUGGACUUCGAGAAGGAUGAGGGAUAUGAAUCAGAUAUCGCUGCGCAGAUGUGUCACAAACCUAUCGGGAGAAAUCACUCCGAGCCGGGGGAUUGCAAGCUCCUACGGGUUGAUGUGCUCGAUCAGAAAGAAGUGUUACCAAGUGGCCCGCAGAACGAUGAACAACUUGUUGAAGUGGAGGUAUCUACAGAGGAAUGCAUCACAGGUGGGGAAAUAAAGAACAUCCCAAAAAGUUAUCCUUCGCUGGAAACCCCAGAGGACGAGGUUCGGCGCCUAACCAUGACGAAUGCAGCGUGGAGGUUGAUAGAGUGGAUGAAAGGUGGAACAACGGAGGAUGUGAUCUCACUAAACUUUGGUCCUUCGUUUGUUUCACCCACAACUAGGAGAAACACCAUUGACUUUCAUCAAAGACUUCAGGAACAACUGCUGGGUCGGGCACAAAACCUCUUUCAUGAGUCUGGAAAUUACAUGACUCCUUCGUACGACCUUUUUAUUGGUUCUGCCCAUAUUCCCGACAUAGUUCCAAGCAGGGACGUAAGAAAGAGCAAGGGUCCGAAUAGAGUUGGACUUACUAAACCAUUAGCGCACAGACAUGACCCUACCGCUAUGUUACCUGAUAGUUUUGUGCCAAAUAGCAGUGUAUCUUCACUACGUCUCUCUCAUUCAUUGCCCUAUUCCCCUUACGCCAAAAAAUCAUUUUUUGAUCAAAUCAAUCAAUCCUCCCCGUUUAAUAAUCACUCUCAAGAAUACUCCCCUACUACCUGCGAACACCCCCAAAACCAGGAAGCCCUCUACACCGACUGCUACCAGAACAGGGGUAUGGAGUACGCUGGCAAUCCAAAUGGCAAUCCAGGCCAGGGAAGCUGGUUGAAUUUAUCUUCAGAGGACGACGAUGAUAAUGAUCUAACACAACGUAGCUCUAAGAGCCGCCUAACCCGAGAGCAUACUAUCUCAAGCCAAGAGCACCAACCCCGACACGGAUCUCUGCAUUCUUCUCCAGCAUUGGAUGGACUUGAAAAUGCUAUCUUACAGCGAUCCGCAGGGAUUGGCCGCUCAGCAGCUGCUGCGGAGCAAAGAGUGAAAAUGUUCGCAGUGAACAGUACACCGGCGAUAGGCGCUAAUGGUCCCGAUGUCUCUCCAGGGGUGUCUGAUCCAGGGCGAGUGGGAGGGAAAGGGGAUGCGGUGUGCACAGAGGUGAGAGCUCUAGAGGUCAACUCGCCGAGGAAUGAGGUUAUAAAAAUCUCGGAUGCCAUAAGGGGACGGAUUGAGGCCAUCGAAAGGAAACAGAGAGUAGUAGAACCUGCGCCCGCAGUUCAACCAUUUUCAGAAGAUGAAAACAAAAGAGAAAGAAAUCCAUACUUUCCGAUAAUGGCACCUUACCCAGCGAGAAAGGAGCAGAAGAGAGAAGAGUCAGGGUCUUUACAACUAGUGCUCUCUUCAGAUGGUGUGAAGAAAUGGAAUAACAAUCACACUUCAGGAAGGACCAGUACAGUAUCCGUUGAUACCAAAUUGAAGAAGAGUUCUACUCGGAAAAAUAUUAUCAGCAAAGAAAGCUUGGACGAUGAUUUCUCGGUGAAGCCUCUCUACCAAGGACCAGGAUACGUCAAUCGCUUUGUUGGGGAAGGAACCAAUCCUCAGCAGUCAGUUGCUUAUUAUCUGGCUUGCAAGGAACUUGCUCACCAAACGGCACUUAGUUCAACCCACGAACCGGAAGACUUUACAAGAGUCAUCGAUGGAGGGGAUGAGCUUACUCGUGUGCCUGCAAACACUCCCAAUAGUACCAGAGGGCGUAUAAAAACCUCAUCUUCAUCGGCCUCUUUUCCGGUAGAGGAUAACGCUCGCGAGAGAUUACCGACAAGAGGCCGGGAACAAACAAAGAAUGAGAGAUUCAUGGACGGUCGUUCUAAGGCUAUGGAGAUUCUCGGGUAUGGCGAGGAUAUCGCUACUCGUCGAACAUUGGUAGACAUUGAAUACACCAGUGUUGCACUUCCAGUCCCAAAGAGGCCCGCAUAUCUCGAGACCAAAGUGGAUGCUGUAAUAGUCUCGCCCCACCUUACUGUCGCCGGCUACGGUAGUAUCUCGUCCCUAUCAUUGUCGACAGAGUCUACUAGUUCCUCCAGUGCUUUGGGGGGCGACCUGGAUACGUUUUCUUCAGAGGAUCCUAGCAAUGCUGGGGUGGUUACGUCUCUAGCAAGAGUAUCGUUGGAUUCCAUGAGAACGGCUCUCUCCUAUCCGGCUCAAUCUCUAACUACCGGAUAUCAGCAGCAAGCUCCGAUGUCCUUCACUCCUUCUCCCGCCACCAUUAUAACACCAAAUUCGACUAUCUUCGAUAAUUGCAAGAAUAUUCUCAGAAAAUGCUUAGGAAGAAGCAGACAAGUCUAA